UAAGAUCUCCUGUAUCUUGCUCUCUGACUGUGGUAUACGUAUGGGUCUGCAGGAAUCAUUUCGGACCUAUCCUAAGAACCUGAGAGUGAAAAUUCUGAUGAUACUCCUCAAUAUACAUCGCGCGGGUGUAAAACAUACCGAUCUCAAAGUGCGAAAUAUAGUUCUUUCUCGCGGUUCUGAGAAAGAGCCCACAAUUAUCGAUUUCAAUAACGCUUCUGGUCACAACUGUCAAUUUAAUGGUGACAUUGAGGAUCUCGAGAUUGGGGGAUGGAGACCAUACUUUGCAAUCGUUGAAUGCCGGGAGAUAUAUUACACUUGCAGAGCCAUGGAUCUUUGGGUUCCAACUGAGACGGAGCACGAGGGAUGUACCGUUCCAACCGAGUGCCUUUCCUCUGCACAGGAACUCCUCGGUUAUAUGGAAAGAUAUCAUGGAAUGUCAGCCAAUUUGCAGGAGAAUAUCCGGAGUGCGGAGCGAUGUGUAGCUGCAUUCCAUAUCAUGUAUAGGAAUGAGCUUCGCGCUCUCGGCUUCUUGAAGACUUGAUUUGAUAUUGACUACCCGCUUUCCUAUGCUAGGAGAACCAUAACGAACUGGCCUAUCGAGUGAUUUAGCCUCAUCUACGUCGCCUCACCUCAGUAUCGCCAAAGAAAAAACAGUUGAAUACAUUUCUUUACAGUGGAGCGCCGGUAUCAAUCGCUCAUGUUUCUAGCUCUAAAUGAUAAUCCCAUCUUGCCACUGGACACGAACAUCUCUGAAUUUACGCCUCAGAAUCUCUCACUUCGAGUAAUGUAGAAAGCGCAAUCGUCCUCUGAUGGUUCUGGUACUAAGUCAAGAGCGGCAACGCGGACUGCUUCAAUAUUGGCGCGAUCGAAAGCAACAAAUACUUCUCUUUUGGAGCUGGCAUUCCUCGUCAAUAAUUACCAGCCUGCCUUCGCGCGUGCGCUUUGCACUGGUUAGAUGGAUGUUCUCGGGUGAUAUCUGCGCCAUUUUGACAAUGGCCACGAAAGGGCCGUACUUGGAAUGAUCAAGGCAUUUACUCCGGACGGACGAGGUCCACCUGUAGCUUAGCUAUAGGAAGUCCAAGCACGACAGGCUGAGCUUGCCAGUGCGCGGCGGUGAAAUACACCACAUGAAACAAU